AUGGCCAGUAUCAAUGCCGCAGACGCGCUCUCCUACAGUGUAGAUGCUAUUCAUUACUCCAGGCGUCCCCCACCCACUGCUCCGACUGGGUACUACGACUGGGAGGUAUCAACCGACCCAACUGAGGCGAAGCAGGGUCACUCUUUGGUGUCCAACCUCAUUACGAGGGUUGAGAAUUUCAAGGCCAAGGGCCCAGUCAAGCCUGAUCCCAAAGCCAUUGAUGCUUUCUUGGACACCGUUGUAAACCCGCAAGGCAUUGAUGAUCGCAAGGGUGCUUUUGCGGAUGGUCUUGGUCUGCUCGCCAGACUUGAUCCCACCACAGACCUUUCCAAGAAGCUCAACAACUCCGUCAUUGAUACGCUUUACAACACCGUUCCACACCCGGUUGCGUCGUAUCUGGGCCCAUCGUUUUCCUACCGUCACGCUGAUGGUGGCGCGAACAACAUCCAGACGCCUGAUAUUGGGCGUGCCGGUACCCCUUACGCGCGCAGUGUUCAAGGCAAGGCCGGCUUGCCGAGGUCUUCGCUCCCUGAUGCUGGUUUGGUCUUUGAUACAAUUUUAAAGAGGAAAGGACAAGUCAACCAUGCCGGAGGAAUGUCGAGUCUGAUCUUUGCUUUCGCAUCCAUCGUCACCCACUCCCUUUUCCGUACCGAUACUCAGAAUAUCUACAUCAACAACACGAGCUCUUACCUGGAUCUGAGUCCCGUUUAUGGCUGCAACCAAGCAGAGCAAGAUGCAGUCCGCAAUAAGUCCCUAGGACGUGGAUUGUUGUAUCCUGACACUUUCUCAGAGGCUCGCCUUAGCUUCUUGCCCCCUGCUACCAGUGUUUUGUUGAUUCUUUUUGCCCGUAACCACAACUACAUUGCCGAAAAGAUUCUCAAAAUCAAUGAGCGCAAGAGGUGGUCUGAUCCACCCCCGGCUGACCCCGCUCAGGCUGCUAUCCAGGACGAGGAGAUUUUCCAGACCGCCAGACUUGUCAACUGUGGAUAUUUCAUGAGCGCCAUUAUGGGUGACUACGUUGCGGGAUUCUUGGGAUCGUCGGAAGGUUGCAACUGGAACAUGAACGCCUUCGAUAUUAUUAACACUAAAGACCUCAAAGUCUCUCGUGGACAAGGGAACCACGUCAGUGUUGAGUUCAACAUCCUCUACCGAUGGCACGCAACUGUAUCCGCACGCGACGAGAAAUGGACAGAAGAUGUCUUCCGUCAAGUAUUUGGCGACAAGCCUUUCGACAAGCUUACGCCUACCCAGCUCACCCUCGCGGAUCUGAAGACUGUCGCCCAAACCUUCGCCGCUGUUGACCCCAACCCAGCUACUCGCACAUUUGCCAACCUCAAGCGUGGCCCUGACGGCAAAUACUCAGACGACGACCUCGCGAGCAUUCUCCACACCGCAAUUGAGAACCCCGCCUCUGCUUUCCGCGGUCGUGGUACUCCACCCGUCCUCCGUCUUGUCGAAAUGAUGGGUAUUGAGCAGGCCAGAGAGUGGGGUCUGUGCACCAUGAACGAGUUCAGAAAGUUCUUGGGUCUCAAACAAUUCGAGUCCUUCGAGGAGUGGAACCCCGAUCCGGAGAUCUCUAGCGCUGCUCGCAGAUUGUACGGCCACAUCGACAACUUGGAGCUCUACACUGGUCUCCAAGCUGAAUCCACCAUGCCUCUCACCGAUGGUUCCCGCUUUGCCUGCGGCUACACCAUCACACGUGCUGUGCUCGGUGAUGCCAUCGCCCUCGUUCGUGGUGACAGAUUCUACACCAGCGACUUCACUCCCAUUAACCUGACGACUUGGGGAUUCUACGACUGCCAACGCGACAUGAAUAACGGUGCUAUGGGUGGUAUCAUUUGCAAGCUGUUGUUGAGACAUCUUCCUCGCCACUUCCCAUGGAACUCUGUCUACUCUCUAUUCUCUUUCUUCACCCCCGACCACAUGAAAGCUUCCCUUACUCGUCAACGUCUUCAGGACAAGUACUCCUUUGACCACCCAGCCAUUCUUCCUGUUCCCAAGGUUCUCAACACGCUCACCGGUAUCAGGACAGUCUUCAGCGACCCUACCCGAUUCAAGAACAUCUACGAGAAGUUCGGCUACGGCAGCAUCCUCAUGUUCGACGAUCAAGCUCAACACGACCGUGAUCGCGCCAUUGUCCUGCACGCCAUGUGGCCAGACGCCAAGUCAAUCGACGACUAUGCCGCCUUCUUCGCCCAACAAGUCAAGGCACAGAUCAACCAGAAGGCGUGGUCGUAUACUAACGGUGUUCCGGGAAAGUACGUCGACAUCGUCAAGGAUGUCGUUUACCCCUCUGUCGCCCAUGUUGCUGCCGAUCUCUUGACUGGUAUUCCUCUCAAGACUGAUGCUAACCCUCAUGGACUCUUCACCGAGCUCGAGUUCUUCGAGAUGCUCUCCACUCUCUUCACAAACACGUUCUUGGCGUUCGACCAGACCGAAAUCAGCUUCGGCCUCCACGACGCGUCGCUCAAAGCCGGAACCAUUGUCGGUGCACUCGCCGCCAAGUCCCUGCUCGAAGUCGCGCCCUCUGCUGCACCCAACGUUCUCGGUCGUGUUGCCGCGUCCGUAGUGUCCUUCAUCUGGCCCGCCAACGACAAGCCCUGGUACCCCUUCCUCCAACGUCUCGCAGCGUCUGGUCGUCCUCUUGACGAGCUUCUCGGUAACCUUCUCGGUGUCGCCGUCGGAGCUAGUGUCAACCACGGCCAUGCCACUGUCAACGUCAUCGACUUCUACCUCGAUGACAAGAGGAAAGCGGAGAGGGAACACAUCGUCCAGCUUGUGAAGAGGAACGAUAAGGAGAGCGCUGCGCUGCUGCUGGGAUAUGUCUCUGAGGCCAUGCGUCUGCAACCUCAAUUUGAGGGUCUCUGGCGAGAGGCUACGGUUGAUACUGUUAUCAACCAGGGACCAGGACUUCCUCCUCUGGAAGUCAAGGCUGGCGAUCGUCUCCGUGGCAGCUUCAGGAAUGCCCACCUGAACCCUCUCGACUUCCCCGACCCGACCAACGUCAACCCUCGCCGCCCACCAACUGCAUACGACACCAUCAACGGCACCGGAUUCCACGGUUGCCCAGGUGUCGCGUACGCCCGCAAGGCCAUCGUCGAGGCGGUCAAAAUCGUCUUCAGUUUGAAGAACGUCAGGCGCGCGGCUGGAGAUGCAGGAACACUGAGACGCUUCCACGAGAUCGUCCACGAGACCGAGACCGAUGUGUUCGUGCAGAGGAACGGAACGACGAGCCCAUGGCCUGGCUCGAUGAACAUCGUGUUCGAUGUUUAA